CAUGUGUCCUGCAUAUGUUGUCGCACCCAACUGUUCUUCCACCAUGGCACCAUGAAGACCGAGUUCAAGUUCUCCAACCUCCUCGGCACUGUCUAUGGCCGGGGCAACCUCGUCUUCACUCCAGAUGGCAACUCAUUACUCUCACCAGUGGGAAACAGGGUAUCCGUGUUCAACCUGACCAAGAACACGAGCUACACCCUACCCUUUGCCCAUCGCAAAAACAUCACCCACCUCGACCUUACCCCAGAUGGCAAGUUACUCCUAACCAUUGACGAGGAUGGUCGAGCCAUAUUGUCUGUGUUUCAACGACGCUUAGCCAUAUACUAUUUCACCUUCAAGUCUCCAAUCUCUUCCCUAGCCUUCUCUCCCAAUGGGCGUUAUUUUGUGGUGGGGUUGGGUAGAAAAAUACAAGCUUGGAGAACACCAUCAACCCCGACCAGCAGCGCUAAUGGCGAGCUUGAGUUUGCACCAUUCGUUCUACACCGAGAGUACGGCGGUCAUUUUGACCAAGUCAGGCAUCUGUCUUGGUCUGGUGACUCUCGUUUUUUCGUCAGCUCCUCCAAAGACUUAACGGCAAGGUUAUGGAGUCUGGACCCUGAAGAAGGCUUUGAGCCAACUGUUCUUGCUGGACAUAGACAACAGGUCAGGGGUGCAUGGUUCUCGGCCAAUCAAGAGUCCAUCUUUACGGUCAGUGAAGAUGGUGCUCUGUUCCGUUGGGAGUUUGUGCCUCGGCCAGAUGACGAUGUUGAUGAACCUUCCAACCUCAACGACGAGAAAUGGAGAAUUGUCCAACGUGAUUUCUUCAUGCAAAACGCAAAAUUAAAGUGUGCGUGUUUUCAUCCUCGGACUUCUCUUCUCACCGUAUGUUUCGCCAAUGGUCUAUUUUCCAUCUACGAACUACCCUCCUUUUCCACCAUCCAUAGCCUGUCCAUGGCCGCCUCACCAAUCUCCGCAACCUCUAUUAACCAGUCUGGCGAAUGGUUGGCUCUCGGCUCUUCCAAGACCGGACAAUUACUGGUCUGGGAGCAUGCUUCUGAAUCCAAUAUCCUAAAACAAUCCUCACACUUAGACACCAUGACCACCUUGUCCUAUUCUCCAGACUCGACGCGCAUCAUCACCGGUGCCGAUGAUGGCCUAAUCAAGAUCUGGGAUGUCUCCUCCGGGUUUCAUAUUGCCACCUUCAACGAACACACUUCUGCCGUCACCGCAUCGGCCUAUUCGAAACGAGGCAAUAUCUUGUUUACUUCUUCUCUUGACGGCUCGGUGCGAGCCUGGGAUAUGCUGAGAUAUCGAAAUUUCCGAACAUUCACGGCACCCUCACGCCUUUCGUUCUCCUGCCUGGCUAUAGAUCCUUCUGCCGAAGUGGUAUGUGCAGCCUCCCACGAUUCUUUCGACAUUCAUUUGUGGUCUGUCCAAACCGGCGCGCUACUUGAUCAGCUUUCGGGCCAUGAAGGUCCCAUUUCGACGCUUGCGUUUACUCCCGAUGGACGAUAUUUGGUCUCGGGAUCUUGGGAUCGUACUAUUCGUGUCUGGUCGGUCUUUGAUCGCUCCCAAACAUCUGAGGUCCUUCAACUGACAUCCGACUUACUUUGCGUGACUGUCCGACCAGAUUCAGCUCAGCUGGCUGCGUCAACUCUAGAUGGCCAGAUCACCUUUUGGAACCUCAGUACCUCCGUCCAAGAUUCCGGCGUCGAUGGUCGUCGUGAUGUAAGUGGGGGACGCACUCUCACCUCUCGCCGCACAGCUGCUUCGACUCCUGGAACAAAGUCCUUCAACACGAUCACAUACUCGGCGGAUGGGACAUGUCUUCUUGCCGCAGGAGCCAGCAAGUACAUCUGCUUGUACGCGGUCAGCACUUUGACUCUUGUCAAAAAGUUCACCGUUUCAAUCAAUUUGAGCCUCGAUGGGACACAGGAGUUUCUCAACUCUUCAGCUAUAAUGUCACAUGGGCUUCCUCGCGAUAUGUUAGAUACCGAGGGAGAGGCCAGUGAUUUGGAUGAUCGGAUCGACCGCAGUCUUCCAGGUGUGAAACGGGGCAAAGACGCAACAGCGAGAACACUUCGGCAUGAAGUUAGAGUCACAGGGAUCGAAUUUUCUCCUGCUGGGAGGAGCUUUUGCGCCUGUAGUACUGAAGGUCUGUUGAUCUUCAGUCUCGACGACACCGGCAUGGAAGACUUUGAUCCAUUUGAGUUGGACAUAGAUGUGACGCCACAGAACAUUCGCACCAUCUUGAAGCAUGCCGAACCGGAUUACUUGAAGGCUCUUGUCAUGGCUUUUAGGUUGAACGACCGCAACCUCACACGGCAAGCGUAUCAAGCUAUACCACAUUCGGCUAUACCCCUUGUGGUUCGAGAGCUUCCACCGGUAUAUCUAGGACGACUCUUGUCACUCAUAGGGCAACAGAUGGAGCACAGCCCUCAUUUAGAAUUUGCUUUGCUGUGGGUCAGCGAGGUUUUGAGCGUCCAUGGUCGCUUUAUCAAAGAAAGGCAUGGUCAAUACGCAAGUGAACUUCGAGCUGUUUUGCGUGGCGUGGAUGGAAUUGGCAAAACCGUUCGCAAUCUGUCAGAGAGGAACGCUUUCGAGAUUGACUUUAUCUGUCAGCAGCGUCCAAAACAGAAUGGGAACCAUGCUAUGAACCUGACAGCCAAGUCCCACAGCCUUGAAAAUAGGAGCUUGAUGGAUACAGAAGGAGACGACGGGGAGUGGAUAGGACUCCAAUAACCACCGACUGUCUCAAAUUCAUGAUGAAUGAUGAUCAUACCCACAAAUGAUGGCAGCCAGACCAUAGUUUCAGAAUAGUAUAGCCUCUUUCAUGCUCCAAAAGUUGUUUUCAUGACUUUGGGUCGCUGAUAGAAGUCAUUGACGGUCUUUUCUGUAAGGUA